GUGAUGUGGAACAUAAAGCGUCGCUUUGCUAUGGCUGUGAUGGAGCUGUCACGGCGUCUUCGUGAUCCGAGCACCGCUUUAUGACCGAGCAGCUUCACCGGUGCUCCGUCAGCCCAUCCUGAUCCGGGACCAUCCCAAACAUCGUUCGGGUAGAAAACUCUGUUCGCAGCGAUGCUUGCGGUGUGGGCUGUGCUGUGUUCAUAAGCUUGUAUGGACUGAAUCUGAACGUUACGAGCUUCUGUGGGUGCUAUUACUCCUUCUGACCAGAGGUGUGGCUGUGUGAGCGGUGAAAGAGGCGGGAGAAGCUAAGAGUUUGUCUGCUCCACACAGCUGAUCCACAGACUGGCUCAGUGGGAUGAUCAAGUGUUCCCAGUUUGCUCCAGCAGACUUUGGCCAGUUUAAACUGAAAAGAUGCCAAAGAAAAGCAAAACUCCGAGUGUGAAGAGACGGAUCGCUGACCAAGAGCAGCCCGCUGUCAAACGAAGCAAAGAGGAGCAGAGCGACACUUCACCCCUUUGCUUCCAGAGCCCAGCCACACUGUUCGAGAGCCUCAUCCAGCCGAUGGGGACAGAUCGGUUCUUCUCAGAGUAUUGGGAGAAGAAGCCUCUUCAUCUGCAGAGGUCUGAUCCUGGCACAGCCUCGUACUACCAGUCCCUGUUUCAGCUGUGUGACCUGCAGAGCCUGUGUUCUCAGGGUCUCGAGUACUACAGGGACAUCAACGUCGUUCGCUGCGUCAACGGCAAGAAAAAGCUUCUGAACAAGGAAGGCCGAGUGAAGCACAGUGUUCUCAAUAAGAUCAUGAGUCAGAACAAAGCCACCGUCCAGUACCACCAGCCGCAGAGGUUCAAGGAUGAGCUGUGGAGGAUUCAGGAGAAGCUGGAGUGCUUCUUUGGGGCUCUGGUGGGCUCGAACAUCUAUAUCACCCCAGAGGAGUCGCAGGGCCUUCCACCUCAUUAUGAUGAUGUAGAGGUGUUUAUCUUGCAGCUGCAGGGACAGAAACAUUGGCGUCUUUAUAAUCCUACUGUUCCACUGGCAGCUGAAUACAGCGUGCAGUCAGAGGACAGUAUUGGCAUCCCAACUCAUGAUAUUAUACUGAAGGCUGGAGAUCUGCUGUACUUUCCUCGGGGAACCAUCCAUCAAGCCAGAACCCCGGCAGGAGUGAACUGCUCCAUCCACUUAACUCUCAGCACCUACCAGAGAAUGUCAUGGGGAGAUUUGCUGUUGGACGUAUUUCCCAGCUUACUGUGUGGCCGCAGCAGGAGGGAAGUCAGCCUCAGAGAGGGGAUGGCCAGAAGACUCUUACUGAGCAGCAGUGCAGGCCUGCACACCAACAAGCGGCUGGCCGCCAGCCUCAGAGCUCUGGCUGACGAGAUGGAAACUGGGGCGCAGGACCUGGGCUUCACUCACAUGAAGAGAGACUUCAUCAUGAACAGACUGCCUCCUUACUGCCAGCAGCAGCUGUCUUCACCAUCUGGGAAGAGUCCUGCCUUGGAGGAUACAGUGAUUCUGACCUUUAAAGACCACGUGGUAAUAACAGUGGAGCCCCGCCCACAGAGCACAGACGAUGCCACAGAGCUGGUAGUAUUUGUCUUGCAUUCUUUGAAGAACCAGAGAGAAGGUCACAUGAUGGGCGACAGCUGUGAUGACCAGGAAGAACGCAGCAUCUCCACGGGCUUGCAGUUCCCCCUGUCCUACCUCCAGGCCCUGCGGCAGCUCCAGCUGGCAGAGCAGCUGGUUGUUGCCCAGCUUCAGCUGCCCACACAGGAGGACAAACUCAACCUGGCCCUUGCUCUGUGGAGCGAGAACCUGCUGCGUGUCCUGUAGUUCACCUGCAGUCAGCUACUGAUGUACACCUGAUUGUUAUCAAAACGUCGUAUUUGUCUUUGACCUCUUUUCCUGAAUAAAGCUGGUAUUUAAAGAUUGACCUUUA